UGGCAUGGCGAGGAUGCUGUCCACCUGGUCGACCGUCUCGGUGGAUGGUCGAAUUACGCUCAUAUUAUUCAGUCUAUUUCGAGCGAUAAAGUGAACCGAUGAACCAAGUUGAUUGGCCAGCGCCCAGCAUUCACGAGAAUUGCACCGCCAAGCCGCAGCGGCCCCGACCAUGACCACGGGGCUCCAAUUCGUCAAGAACGUGAUCGCUCAACACGCCGUCGUGGUGUUCUCGAAGACGACGUGCCCAUACUGCGUGAUGGCGAAGGAAGUGCUCCAGUCCACUGGCGCCGCGUUUCACGUCGUCGAACUGAAUCGCAUGGGCGACGAACCCACGGGCGACGAUGUCCAGAAUGCAUGCUUCCAACUCACGGGCCAGCGCACGGUGCCCAACGUGUUCAUCGGCGGUUCGUCCAUUGGAGGUGGUAGCGACACCAAGGCGUUGCACCAAGCUGGUAAACUCGUCCCGAUGCUCCGCGAAGCGGGCGCGCUGCGUUAAGCGAUCGGGCACACAUGCGUCGGACAUCUUGGUUCGUUGUCAUACAAUACAAUCAUUACACCUUAUCGACGUCCAAUACGCAGCAGCAA